GCAGUCGGCCCCAAACUCGAGCGGGAGGAGUGUGUGCAGCGCGUGUAGGCUCGUCUAGUUUCACCGGGCGCGUUUGGUGAGGGGUGCAGAGCGAGUGAUGGGCUACUGAGACCGGCGGGUCAGCUGACCGGAGCGCGGCCGCCUGGCCGGAACAUUGUCUCUGGGAUCUGGAGGCCAAUGUGAACCCGAGCACAUCAUGUUGUGCAGAGCCGGCUGGAAGAGUCGACUGUGGCUCUUCCAAUUGCUGAUUCUUCCUCCGCUACUGGCUUCACAGGCGCCUCCCUUUCCAAACCUGAACUUGGAGAACCUUCCGGACACAUCAUUCUCCUGCGAGGGGAAGGUGGUCGGCGGCUACUAUGCAGACAUCGAAACCAAGUGCCAAAUGUUCCACGUCUGCACGCUCGGCUCCAAGGGCGAAACCCAAGACAUCAAAUUCCUGUGCCUGCAAGGCACCGUGUUUGACCAGGAGACGCGGGUGUGUGAGCGGUCAGAAGAGGUCGCCUGCACCGAGUCAGUGGCGUUCUACGACCUCAACAAGGAGCUCUAUCAGCCCAACGUCAAGUCGCACAGUGAGCCCAAAGAGUCGUCGACGGUGACCGACUCGGACGGCGAGGCCUCGGUGGCCAGCGUGCUCUACAAAGUAAACUCUGCCGACUCUGGCAGCCGCACGGUGACGGCGUCGACGACCAGCUACGCCGAGCAGCUGCCGGCCGCGUUCGCCGACGUCGGUCCGACGCGGCGACCGACCCGCACCCGGCUGGGUGUGCCCCUGUUCAGCCCGCGGCGGACCGAGCCGCGCACCUCGCCGCCGCCGGCCGCCAGCCAGCCGGCAUUCAGCCGGUUCCGGCAGGACCGUCUGCUGUGGCCUCCGUCGUCAACACCGACCCCUACGGCCUCUCCGAGCCGUCGGUCAGCGGUAUCUGUACCACUGAUUCCCACCUCGGACGACUUGAACCGGCCGCGGGUGGUGGUGACCAACGGAAAGCCGUUCGUGCCGCAGCUGAGCGCGCCCGAUCCGGCGCCCAAAAAGGAGCCCGAAGAGGAGGACUUUCCGUCGCUGACGCUGCCCGAGACCAACUUCACGUGCGAGUCGAAGGUCAGCGGCGGCCACUACGCCGACCCCGAGACGGACUGCAGGAUGUUCCACAUCUGCGUCAUGGGACCCGACAAGACGAUAACCGACUACAAGUUCCUGUGUGGUAGCGGGACAGCCUUCGAACAGAAAUCCAGGACAUGUCAGGAGAUAGAGAAAAUAGACUGUUCGUCAUCAGCGAAAAAUUAUCACGUCAACAAUCACUUAAUCGUAACAACGCCGGCUCCCGAGCCUACCACCUUCGAGUCGACCAAGACGGACAGCGUCUACGACUACGGGGACUACUACGACUACUACUUCGACUACCCCGAAUACGGCGACUACACCAGCUCGAGCGCAAGUAACACUCACACGCAGGGAGCAAGUUCAACGACCUACCGGUCGACAUUCUGAUGCAGGAAAAACUAUAGCCCGGCAGUGCCAUGCUCCUCACCAACAGUUACCGCCACACCACCGCCCGCCGUCUCUGGGACCAAAGGAACCCAAACUGCCGCCGUUCGCCGAGCCGUCCGCGACCGUGUCGCCACCUACCGAGCGGACUUCACGGGGCUCCGAGCUCCGAGCGGGACUCCUAAGGACACAGUGUGCCUCGCCGCGGAUGGUGUCUUACCGGACCAUAGUGUGUGUGCCGCGCGAUAGUGUGAGUGGAUAUCACAAGGCUUCCUAGAGCAAACACACUGGCGCGGGCUUACUGCUUGUGGACAAUAACAGACAGUGCGCAGACUUCGUGUAGCGCCCGGUUCGUGAAUCGCUUAGAGUGAUCAGCCAUGAGGACACUGGAGUUUCGCAGUGCGCGCAGUGUGCUUGGAGUUUGACAGAGGUGAAUGAUUUGAAGUGCAUUGUGCAGUGUGUGUAUACCUUACAGGUGUCCAUAAACUGAUUGGCGAAUUUGCAGGCGAUGUGCCGAUCAGGGGGCCGAUUUUCGAGUAUUUAAUAUUCGAUCCAGAGGCUACGGGCACAUUGGAGCUCGAUUAGCAUCCUGCCCGAGCGACUACUACAUAUGUUGAUGCAUUUGUGGGUAUGCUUGUUGGAAUCAUUAUGAGGCUAGUUUCAGUCUGUAUGCUGUGCGUUCGUUCAGCUGCAGCUGCUGCCUAUCGGUCGCAGUCUGAAGCUGCGCGUGUUGCGGUUGUAUUUAUACGUACCUAGCGCCGUUCCCGAGCGGCCAUAUUUAAUUUAAUUGCCGUAGCUGAUGUUCCUGUUUUAUGUAGGUAAUGUGUCGUGUCGUGUAAGGGCGAGUUGUGGCACUGCCGCUGUCCAUUCCAUCAAAUACAGAUGCUGGGCGGCCUGGCCCCGUGUACAAAAUGAAA